CGCUAGCCAAAUCCCUGCCGACUUUAUUCGCCUGCGACGUGGGAUUGCAGAGGAAUCGCUUUAUCCCCUCGCUUUCUCUCUUCCUUCCUGCUUUACUCUUUCAUCCGCUCGAUCGCUUUUUUGGAGUCCAAAAGUUGAGUUUUUUGAGCUGGUUUUGCUGAUGCAGGAGCAGGAAUCGCAGUGAAAAGCCGUAAAAAUUGGAUUUUGAUGGUGGUUUUGCUGAUCCAGGAACAGGAAUCUUCGCCGGAGAUCUUAAAAAUUAGAUUUUUAGCGGUGGUUUUUGAUUCCCAUGUUGCCUGGAGCGAUGGAGGAGACGCUUUUGUUGCGGACGGAGCACGUCGCCGUGACCCGGAAGCCAGUCUCCCCGCCGCACUCUCGGACAGUGCGCAUCUUCUGCGAUGACUUCGACGCUACUGACUCCUCCGGCGACGACGAGGAGCGCCCCCGGCUCCGCGUGCGCCGGUACGUGCAGGAGAUUCGCCUGCGUGCUAGGCCCGCCAAGGUGCCGCCGCGGAAGACGAAGGUGGCGCCAGAGAGGGGUGGGGACGACGGCAUCGACGGGGGAGUGAAGCGGUUCCGCGGCGUGCGGCGGCGGCCAUGGGGGAAGUACGCAGCGGAGAUCCGCGACCCCUGGCGUCGCGUCCGGGUGUGGCUCGGAACCUUCGACACCGCGGAGGAGGCCGCGAAGGAGUACGACUCCGCCGCCGUCCGGCUUCGCGGCCCCGGCGCUGCCAUCAACUUCCCUGCGCCAUCCGCCGCCGUUGACUAUGGCAACUUAGCCGACGACACGCCCGGCCUCUGCUCGCCGACCUCCGUCCUCCACGACUUCUCCCCCGCCUCCACCACCACCUCCCCCUCCUCGCCUCCAGAGUCGUACCGCACUUCCGGCGGCGGGAGCCUGCCAAUGGAGCUCGGCGAGUCAACGGCAUUCGAGGUUCCGCCGCUGCUUGACGACUUCUUAGACGUCGUCGCCGGGUCGGCGCCGGGGAGCUACUUCGACGAGUCCACUCCGAUCGGCUUCUUAGCGGAGGAAAUGGGCGACGCACUCGUGGGAUCCGGGCUUGGGCUGGAAUUCGGACCGUCGGGGUGGGAGGACGGCGAGUAUUUUAGCGACAUCGGCGAUUUAUUUCCGACGGCGCCUCCUCUCCCCGUAUAAUUGCCGAAUUUUAGUUUUAUCAAGGGAGAC